AUGGCAACUGCGAGCUUUUUAGAUACUGCUCACGAUGCAAAAAGACUUGAAGGAAAGGUGGCUUUGAUUACUGGAGGGGCUAGAGGCCUUGGUGAGUGCAUGACAAGGCUUUUCUGCAAAAAUGGCGCCAAGGUUGUGAUUGCCGACAUUCGAGAUCAACUAGGACUCGCACUCCAAGAUACCAUAGGAGUUGAACUCGCAACCUAUGUACAUUGUGAUGUAACUAAAGAAGAUGAUGUCGAAAAUGUAGUUAACAUAGCAAUAUCAAAGUAUCAAAAGCUAGACAUAAUUGUGAACAACGCUGCAGCAAUAGAUGAUUAUCGUAAUCCUAGCAUUAUAAACAAUGAUGUAUCCGAAUUCGAGCGCGUUCUUAGGGUUAACCUCACAGGACCUUUCUUGGUAAUCAAGCAUGCAGCUAGAGUGAUGAUCCCGGAAAAAAAGGGUAGUAUUGUAAAUGUAGGGAGUGUAAGUUCAAGCGUUGGAGGGGUUGCAACUCAUGCAUACACAAGCUCCAAACAUGGCUUAAUUGGACUCACAAAGAAUGCAGCUGCUGAUCUUGGCAAAUUUGGGAUAAGAGUGAAUUGUUUGUCUCCUUACUUUAUUGCGAAUGAUGCAGGUAAAGAGUUCUUCAAACUUGAUGAGGAAGGGUGCUUAAAUGUUUAUUCCAAUCUUAAAGGGGUUCAUUUGAUGGAAGAAGAUGUAGCACAAGCUGCAGUGUAUUUGGCUAGUGAUGAGUCCAAGUACAUUAGUGGUCAUAAUCUAGCUGUGGAUGGUGGUUUUACUACAAUCAAUCCAAUUUUUGGUGUGUUCUCACAAUCUUAA